AUGAAAUGGCAGCGUGCCGACGUGGCGGCCGCCGUGCGCGCCUGCAAGAAGCCGCCAAAGCAGCCGAGUAAGCAGCUCGAGGCGCUGCUCGAUGCGCAUCCGGAGGUACGCAGCCAGUUCGACGCGGUCGAGAAUGCGGAGAAGCUGCAGCUGCGGGUGGACGAUGCGGCGGAGCAGGACGAUGAGGAGGACGUCCUGGCCAUCAAAAAGCCCUUUGUCGCGCUGACGACGUCCAACGUGUUGGCCGACAUGGCGCUCACGGGCAAGGGCAAGGCGCAGAAGCGCGUCUUCAAGCUCCUCACCAAGCUGUGGGCCGACAAAAUGGCCGAGAUUGUCGACGACGCCAACCGCGACGUACACGGCGGCGAGCUAAAGGUGCCGGACAAGGCGAUUGCGCUGGCUCAUUAUGAGGUUGCAUGCGAAAAGGCCGAGCGCCAUGCCAGGAGGAGCGACCCGACCAAGAAGGCCCAGGAGGUCCACGCAGCCCUCCUGCUUGUGGCGUCGGCCUACUCGAUGCGGGCACCUCGGGAGAAGCCGUUCCUGCCCGGCCUCAAUCACCCCUCGAAGCAGCUGCGGCCGCGAUUUCAUCUGGUGACCACCCCACCCCGGCAGGCGCACGCUGAAGCGAGGCCGUCCCGCAGCGCUUCCGAGACGGGGCUGUUCGCGCGGAGCGUCACGCCGCAGGCGUCCGCCGGAGGCCCGCCGGAGGCUGAAUGCGGCGGCCACGUCAGUCUUUUGCCCGCGAGGAGCCUGGCCGUCUCUUCCCAGCCGCUUUGCACGCCCCCAACAUCCCCUGACAGCAGCAGCGCCUCACGGCGUGGGCUGCGAGGUCACUCGGGGUGACCCAGGGGGCGGCGGGGGAGCACUCUUCCGCCGGAGUAGCGGGCGGUCUUUCCGCUACUCGCUCGUACUUGAGGCGAGGCCCUGACCACCAAACUCGCGCUCUGCGCUCCGGGAACGGGCAGCAGCGCGACGCUCUUCGAGAGCGAGCGGCGGCGGCGGCUCAGCACGAACCAUGUCAGCGUAGGGCGGCGCUAUAGCUGCGUGGCGGGCCCCCACCACCGGACUCCGUCAGGGCUCGCGUCUCCCUGCCAGCGCGGGAGCUGAGGGGAGCGCAGUGUCUGUGUCUGUGUUGUGUGUGAAAAAACAUUAGAUUCUGCAUUC